CGGUUGUCAUAUGCCGAACUUUAAAAAAUACAGCUAUUAAAAUACAUUUGUUAUUACAAUCGUACUGAUACGCCACUGCAUACAUAGAAGGAAAAAUACAAAGAUAUACAAUUGUGCACAUUGUACAGAGAUCAAUGCGCCAAGCGGUGUCGAUUUCCGCUCUACAAAGGUGUUCUUCCUGGUUUAGGAACACUCGGGCAACUACACCGCUCAACAAAUCAACUUUUUACGGAAUGAAAUAAUGAAAUUACCUAGCUAGGUACAAAGUUAAUUUAAGGACUUUAUACAAAUAUUAAGCUAAAUAUUCAAUACGGGUGGAUUUCUGAUUAAUUGCACGAUGCACGAUUUAUUCUGAACCAGUGAGUGCAUGGAUCCCAAAAUGCCCAACCGCUGUGCCGCACCAAAUUGUAAUAUCUAUACAGAUAAAUCAGACGUCCCAUUUUUCAGAUUUCCAUUGGACUCGGAGCGAUGUAAACAAUGGUUAAAUAAUUGUCAUCGAUCUGACUUGGAGCCAAAAACCCCUGAGGAGUUACACAAUUCCUUCCAAAUUUGUGCAAAUCAUUUUGAGCCUUCCUUGAUCUGUCGUGACAGCACUUUAAGAACAUCCUUGAAAGAGGGUGCUAUUCCAACCAGAUUUGAUUUUACAAGCCAUUUGAAUAAUCCAUCAGGCCACAACCGGAAUAAAAGAACAAGAGAACCUGCUGAGGCAGAGCUUGCAUCCUUGAAGAAAGCUAAAGGGGAUUGGUUUGAAGAUGAUGCUCCAUCUGAGUUGAAAGUUAAGCCAGGAGAGAAUAGCGCAACAUGUGAUUUACAGCAAGAGGAACAAAAGAGAGAGGAUGUCGCCAACUCCAAAGCAAAGGAAAUCCUUAAAGUCUACUUUAAGGAAACCCUUGCCUUCACUGGAUUCAGCAUAGGGAACGAUGCAAACCCCAACACAGAUGAACCGAUGGGAGACCACAGAGGACAACAGUCUCUCAACCCCAUCUGUGUUGAAAAAAUUGACCAGAAAGAAGUCCUUCAGUUCAGCGAGGACCUCAUGCGGGAGGAGAUCCGGAACAGUUUGAGGUUGGCACGCUUUUUCUCCAUCCUGCUUCAAGAUGUGACAAACAUCGAGGGAAAAGAUCAGAUCCCAGUUUUCAUCAGGUCCGUCACUGUGGCAGGGUUCCCUCAGAAACACCUCAUGGGUUUCCUGCCCUGUUAUGCAGAUGCUGAGGGUCUGUUUUACAUGCUGCUCUCAGAAAUUCGGAAUAAGUGGGGGCUGCGGAUGGAGCAUUGUCGAGGACUCACCUACCUGACCACAGGUGGUUUAUGUCAGAAAAUGAAGGAUCUCACCAGCAGGAUUCUGCAGGAGUUUCCUCAGGUAGUGCUUGCACCUAGUGACCCAUACGCCUUUAACAUGUGGCUAAUCCGCUCCAUGCCCAUACCUUAUAUCCAGAAGGUUGUGAACACAGUGGAGGAGGUCGCCACAAUAAUUAGAGGAUCCCCAGAUCUUUGGGAAAGACUGGAGGUGAAAAUCAAGUCUUCAUACAGCCACCUUAAAGGCGAAGUGGACAGGAUCAUAGAGGCUUCCCAGAACACCUGGGAGUAUGGUGUUGAUGCCUUCCAGACCAUGUUGGACAUUCUUGAGCCAUUCCUCGCCUGCAUCAACGAGGUGUGCUCGGCUGCGAACGCAGACACCGCUACUUGUGAGCAGAUGGCCAAGCUCAAGCCGAUCCUGAAGAACUUCAAUUUCAUUAUCACCCUGGUUGUUCUGAAGAAUACCCUCUGUUGCGUGAGUAUCCUCAACCCAAGUCUCAGGGGAGCCAUCAGCAUCAGCAGCACCUUGCAGUACACAAUCUCCAACGCCUUAAAGCUGGUCAACAAACAUCUGCAGGAGAUCGCAAUAUUCCACAGGAAGUGGUUUUCUGACGCAGUGGGCAGGGCUAAGAAGCUGGGAGUGGAGGUCGCUAGGCCGGAUGAGAGCUCACCUGAGACUGGCGAGGCAGUUGCAACUGAAACCCCUCUGGAGGAUUUCUACAGAGAGACUCUGAGCAGGCAGAUCUUACAGUACCUUGUUGCGGAGGUAAAGCGGGUGUUUAGCACUGAGAUGGUUCGGAUUCUGAGAUGGCUCUCAUUGGUGCCGUCUUACAUGGCUGACCACAAUUUCAGUAUCCGCAGGGAUAAAGUGGCGGACGCAAACUUGAACAACCUUGCCCGGCCCGACACGUUUUACGAUGAGCUUGGUUGCUGGGAGGUGAAGUGGAGACAUGCUAGCAAGCGGAGGAUCCUGCCCACAACAGUGUUUGCAACAUUGAAAAUCCCAGACAUUGCAUUUUACCCAAAUGUGCAGAGCCUGCUGAGAGUUUUGGGAACCAUCCCCUGUGUGAACGCAGAGGCAGACGUGUAUGGGCAGUACAACAUGGUGCUGGAACGGUACCAGUCUUACCUGAAAGCCACACCGGAGGAUCAGAGACUGUGCAACAUGGCAUUUGUCUAUGUCAAUCAAGACGUGCACUUCAAUGUGGAAGACAUGGUUGAGUCCUAUGUGGAGAAGCAUAUUGACAUAUUGCAGUUUUUGCAUAUGGAUGAUGAGGUAAUAGAGAUGCAGCCUGAAGCUGAACCUGUCUCUGAGAAUGAUGGGAAUCACACUCUAAAAGAGAAUGUUGAAGAAGCACAAGAAGAACCACAGGACAUCAUACCCUCUGAGAUGGAGACCGAGAGAGUGGGGCAACCGAAACUCCCAGCCACAGAAACUAAUAAGGAGGCACUCAAAUCUGCUCUGCAGGUUGCUGUGACAGCUGCAUAUAACAGCCAGAGCAGACAGCCUGGUGAGGCCUCUGCUGAACAGGAUGGCGAGGUUGAAGACUCAUUGAAAUAUGUGUCGAAGUCUGAGAUGGAAGAAGUUCUCAGAGUAUGCGAGGAUGCUGUCAGGGAGGGAAUUCUUGUGGAGGUGGGCACUUCCUUUUUUUCUCUGUUCAUCGACCGCGUUGUGAAGUUAGGGGAGAAAAAACAUCUUCCUCUCUUCCUCAGGUUUGUGGACAGUUUUGAUGUCAUGCGAUUGGAACUCAUGGGAUUUCUGGAUGUGGAUCUUGACUGUGAUGCCAUGUCAGAGCGCAUAUUGGAAAUUGUCACCAAAGAGUGGCACCUCGAUUUGUGUUACUGCAGAGGUCAGGCCUACCUAGGAUCCGGUGAUGUUUCCUACAAGCUGAAAGCAUUUGCCUGCAAAAUCCAAGAAAAGUACCCCCUUGCAAUAUGCACACACUGCUCUUGUUACUCCUUUAACAUAUGGUGGUCAAAAUCCACCCCUGUGUCAGCAGUCAAACGGGCCCUGGAUGUUUUUGAAGAGGUUUUGAUGUUUUUUGGGAGCAUGCCUAUGCUUGAGAAACAGCUAGAUCAUGUCAUUGCAUUUGGUCUUAGGGAAAGCUAUGAAAAGGUUCAAGAAUUGCAGGGGAAGUUCUGUACCGUCUGGCAGGAGAAGCACGAUUCCUAUGAAGUCUUUGUGCAGAUGCUGGAGCCCCUUGUCGAAUGUUUGGAGAAAAUCAAGAGCAACCCACAGAGGUGGAAAUCUUCAUUCUCUCUAAAAGCUGGAGCACUGCUGCGUUUGAUAAGGGACUUUGAUUUUAUUGUGCCCAUGGUAGCCCUGAAGAACACCUCGUCCUUCACCAGGGAACUGAGUGCAGGACUCCAGAAGGAUCAUUUCAGCGCAGCAUCCCAACUCUGCCAGAUCAGUGGUAUAGUGGCUACUCUUAACAGGGUCAAAACAAACAUCAAAGUAUUUCACCAGAAUUGGUUUGAUGAAGCUUGUGCGCUCGCCCAGAGUCUAGGUGUGCAGAUAAAAGUGCCUGAUAAUUCCUCUGCGUCCAGGGAUAGCAUGAUGAAACCAGCUCAGUAUUACAAAGAUGCACUAAGUGUGCCCCUAGUGGACAACCUCACCAAUGCUGUUAAGGAUCAUUUCUCUGAGGACCACAAGGAGGCCCUAAACUUCCUCUCCCUGGUUCCCUGCUCUGUGACUGUGAGUUACAUGUUUGAAAUCCUGAGGUCAAAGCCUCCUCUCUACGCCAGUGAUCUGCCUGACUCCGACAACUUCUUCACCGAGUUGUGCUGCUGGAGGGUGAAGUGGAAGACCAAAGUUGCAUCCGUGACCAUACCAGACACCAUCUUUCAGACUCUCCGUCUGCCACUCAUGCAGUACUUUGGGAACAUCAACACACUGCUGAGGAUCAUGUCUGUGCUACCCAGCACGGUACUGGAGAACUGUGGGGAAGUGAUGCGCCACAAGAUGUUCCAGGAAUACCUGAGGAACACCAGCCCCAAGGACAGGUCCCCAUGUCUGGCCAUGCUGCAGGUGGGAACCAACUUCAGCAGAGAUCUGGACCGGAUGGUGACUAAGUGCUUGAAGGUCACUCCUCAGGCUUUAGAGGGCAUCUGCUUGGAUAAGGAAUCCAAAAGUCUGAUUAAGAACUCUGAAGCCAACAUGGAAGUCGAUCAUGGCAAAGAUGGAACAGAGGACCUUGAGAAUCAGUCUUCUGACAAGAAAGAGAACCAGGAAAUGAAAGCGGUGGAUGAGAAUGGGCACACUGGAGAUAAUCGACAGAGUUUGGAAAUGGUUUUCAGACUGGCUGCACGUCUAGGGAAAAAGAAGUGCCAGCUCUCCGAACUCUCCAAAGAAGAUCAAGUCCUUCUCAUCCAGGAUCUCGGCCUGUGCCACUGGUUUGGAAGAGAUGGCAAGUCCACGCUUAACGUAGGAGAGGAGGAAAUGGUAGAGAUUCUCACAAAAUCCAUCAGGGAAGUCAUACUCUUAGAAAUACAGGAGUCACCCUUCUUUUCUCUUAUUACAGAUAAACCUGUUGUAAUUGCUAAUAAGAGCUAUCUGCCUGUCUUCGUCAGAUAUGUUGGGGAAUGUGCCCCCAAGGUAGAGCUCAUUGGUUUUUUGCGAUUUUUUGAAACCUGUGACGUUGAUGUUCAAGCCAAGAAUCUUUCAGCAACUUUAACCGAAGACUGGGGAUUGCCGAUGAGUCAGUGUCGUGGGCAAGCAUUCAUGCGCAUGGGCUCAGGUUGUCACAGCCUGAAGAAGAUGUCUUUGGAGUUCCUCGAGAGCUAUCCUCUGUCUGUCAUCACACCCAGUGAGUCUUGUGGUCUUGCCUGUUGGCUAGCAGGAAGUGUACACUGCCCACCUGUCACAAAGAUGCUGGGAAUUGUGGAAGAUCUUCUACUGUUCUUUGACCAGUCACCUGGACUGGAGGCAGAGCUAGCACAGGCUGUGGAUGGGUUACUGAAUACACCUCGGGAGGCCUUGGAGGAGAUUCCAGAAACCUGUUGCUCCAGGUGGAAGAAGAGGGAGGACUUUUUUGAUCUCCUAGUCGACACAUUGGAGGGAGUCUUGAGUUGCCUGGAUUCAGUUAGUUCCAGCGCCACGGGCACUAUGUCGCUACAUGCACAGGUCCUCGCCACUGCUUUGAGAGAGAUGGAUUUUGUCGUCACACUUGUGAUCCUGAAGAACGCCUGUUCUCCUCUUCGGAACUGCAGCACUGUUUUCCGCUGUGGUAACCCUGCUGACAUCAUCUGUGAGGUGGAGAAGAUCGUACCAAUCAUAGAGACACUGAACAAGAUGUUGGAGAACAUAAGCACUGUACACACACCUUGGUUUGAAGAGGCAUUGCAACUAGCAUCCAAGGUGGCCCCUCAGCAAGUGUGUUUCCCAGAGGAAGCUAACUCUUACGAGUCUCCAGAGGUGUACUACAGGGACAACUUUAGUGUUCCUGUACUGAGCUGCCUCAUUGACGAAAUGAAGUACAACUUCUCCGACAGUCAUUUGAAAGCCUUGAAGCUCCUGUCUCUUCUUCCCACCUGCAAUCCACAGCCCAUUUCAGAGCCAAUCCGCGCAGAGUCCACAGACAAGCUAUACAGUCUCUACCUGUCUGACCUGCCUGAUCCUGACACAGUAGAGCAGGAUAUCAGUAACUGGGCCACAGUGUGGAAAGAGAAAUACCAGGACAUGUCACCACCAGCUUCUAUCUCUGAGAUACUGCUUCACCCAGAAUCUCAAAGCCAUCCCACAGUGACAAUGCUGCUCAGACUGGUGGCUGUUCUACCCAGCGUCAGUAUGGAGUGGGACCUCAUGAAGACCACCCUGAACUCCAUGAGGGCUCUGCUGAAGAACACUGUCUGCAAGGGCAGCAAAACCGACACUGUGAUGCUUCUCAUGCAUUACCCAACUGUUCAAAGACUAAGGGAGGUCAUUGAGAAGUGCUUCGAAGUUGACCCAGAAAGCAUCCCAUGUCUUGAGCAGGUGAAGAAACAAAUGAAAAGUCUGAAGCUGGAAAGUGAUUUCAGAGCUUUUGAUUUAAACCCUGAUGAGAGACAUGAGCAGACAGUUGAGGAACACCAAGCUGAUAUGCCAGAACAACCCCUUGCAGGAGAGUUGCAAGAGGAGGGCGGCGUGCUGAUGGCGGAGGACGGCGCGCUGAUGGCGGAGGACGGCGCGCUGAUGGCGGAGGACGGCGCGCUGAUGGCGGAGGACGGCGCGCUGAUGGCGGAGGACGGCGCGCUGAUGGCGGAGGACGGCGCGCUGAUGGCGGAGGACGGCGCGCUGAUGGCGGAGGACGGCGCGCUGAUGGCGGAGGACGGCGCGCUGAUGGCGGAGGACGGCGCGCUGAUGGCGGAGGACGGCGCGCUGAUGGCGGAGGACGGCGCGCUGAUGGCGGAGGACGGCGCGCUGAUGGCGGAGGACGGCGCGCUGAUGGCGGAGGACGGCGCGCUGAUGACGCAGGACGGUGCGGCGGAGGACGGCGCGGCGCAGGACGGCGUGGCCCAGGCGCAGGACGGCGUGGCCCAGGCGCAGGAUGGCGUGGCGCAGGAGGCCGUUGCGCAGGAGGCCGUCGCGCUGGCGGAGGAGGAGGUCAGCGGGCUGAUGGUGGAGGAGGGCGUUGCGGAGGACGGUGUUGUAAUGGUAGAGGACAGGGUCGUAGGUCAGAGGCAGGCUAUGUCUUUCUAUGACCCACCUGUGCGUGAGGAAAUACUUAAGGAACUCUGGGACUCACAGUUCUUCACAAUAAUAACGGAACAGGCGGUUGAGAUUGAGGGAAAGCUCUAUGUCCCCCUGUGCAUCAGGUACUUGGACAAACAGGACACUCAGUGCGAGGAGACUGUAGCUUUCAUCCCGUUUAGCCAGGACACUGCUGUCUUGGCUGAUGCUAUUGAAACAGCCCUAUCAGAGAAAUGGGGGCUCAAUAUGGAGUACUGUAGAGGGCAAGCUUUGCUAAGUGUUGGUGAGGUAGGGUCUCGGAUGAGGGCUGUCUCUGCUGUAAUAGCCCAGAAAUACCCCCUGGCCAUGCAAAUGGUCAGCUCUGCUGUGUCUCUGAAUGUGUGGCUAGCCAGGUCAUCUCCUGCAGUGGCUGCAGCAGACUGUGCAGUGUCUAUAGAAAACAUGUUACAGUGGCUCACAGAGGAUGCAGAACGACAGACCAAACUGGAAGAGGUGAUCAUUGCCAUAUUCCAACAUGAUGAGGGGAAGGGUAAUGAGCUUAGGGACAAGCUUAUUAAGAACUGGGAGAAGAGUCAUGAUAUGCAUGAUUUGAUGGUAGAGCUCCUGGAGGUAGUCAUGCUGUGCUUGAAUGAGCUGAAAAGUGAGGAGAAUAGCUUAGGGAGUGGCCAGGCACUGCUUUACUUCAAUAAAGUCAGACGUUUUGAGUUCAUCUUCUCGGCUGUCGUGCUGAAAAAUGUCCUGAGCUCGACCAAAAAGCUGAGCCAAUCUCUUCAAGGAAAACCCCUAGAUGUGUUGCUAGCUAUGAAUAGCCUGCCCGAUCUCCUAACUUCCCUCAAUGAAUUGAAGAGCGAUAUCGACACACAUCACAAGGCCUGGUUCAAGGAAGCUGUCUCUCUAGCUUCCAAGCUGCAGAUAACGUUGUUGCACUCUGCGUUGCUAGAACCCCUGAGUCAGUUUUACAAAAUGUCGGUUAGUCAGAAGGUGAUAGAGCACUCCAUUGCUGAGGUCAGUGAGUUCUUCACAGAGAAGGUCCUCAGUACCUUGAGGUGCCUGGAGAUUGUGCCUUACGCCAUGUCGAAGCUAGAAAACAGCAGUGUAAAUGCUCACGUUUUCCGCAUGUACAAAGAUGACAUGCCUGACCUGGUCUCACUCCCAACAGAGAUGAAGUCUUGGAGAGAGAAGUGGUUGGAUCCCAUGUCCGGGUAUCUUCCAGCUACUGUGCUCGACACCCUGAAGGCAUCAGACAUUAGGAGCUUUAGUAACAUUGAAACCCUCCUAAGGCUCCUGGUCAUCCUACCAUUUUCCCGGAGGGAGAGUACCUUCAGGCAGGGAAAGCGAAGCCUCCAGGGGUUCAUACAACAGGAGACCAGGUCCCUUUCUGAACUUCAUCCUCUGUAAAUAAGUUGGUGUUCCCUCAAGCUCUUAUUAGCGUAAAGCAGGUUUCUGAGUUGGUGUCCUAUACUGCUGACCCACUGUACCCUUGAGUAAAUGUCCAACCUAAUUUAGGUCUCAAACAUUUUAACUUACUAGAAGACAUUUCCCUGUAUACAUGAAUGAUCUAAAUCUUUUGGUCAUUUUAUUCAUUGUUUUUUAUUAUAACAUUUUUGUUUUAAGUUGUUUGGAUAAUUGUACUGCCUAAUGGGACCAAUGUCUUUACAAAAAAAGCAAUGCUCACCUGAGGGUUACCAAUGCUUGUGUGCCUUUAUGCAAAACUAACAGUCAACCCCAUGAAUCAUAAAAAUACAGAUGUCUGAAAAUGACAGUCCCGUCAGGCUUUUUGAAAUAACUUUUUUUGUCAGCACCAAAUAACAUUGGACUGAAUUUAAGAAUCACUUGCAUCAAUUCACUGUCAAUAAGUUGUAUCAUUCUCUUCCUUGGCACAAAUAGAAAUGGUUAGUUCAAUCAUGUAGAUGUAUUUUAUGAUGGUUUCUUGUCUAUUUAGGAGAGUUCAUUUUCUGUAAAGAAUUCUCCAAAUACUGUCUCCUUAAGAGUUCAACAUUCAUAUAUAUUUGUCAAAAAAUGAAAAUAAAGUUCUAAAAAGAC